UACAGCAAAACCACCAGAAAGCAGAAAGAGGUGGGGAAGCCCACUUGCUUGGGAGCUGCUGAUGCGCACAGGCAGAAGGGCUGCGUGAUGGGACGGCUGCUAUGUGGUGGGUGGACACCUUUCCUAGAAAGGGUCGAGUGGAAAUGGGAAACUUCCCUGUUUCCUGCAGCACCGGGUUCUGACCGACGAAGCAGCUCUGUUGUGGAAACUCUCCUCCUGCCCCUUUGCCACAUUCCAAGUGCAAAUGCAGGAUCUGCUUCGCUCCGUGAGCUCUGAGUACGGAGUGUGCAGCCCUCAGAGCACGCGCCGAGGAAGGACCUGAGCAUGAGUGUGUGCAGGGAGCACGGGGAGCAGCACAGCGAUCUGAGAGCAGGAGGAGGAGGAGGGUCUGACUGUCAGGGCACGUCACCGGGCUCUUGCCGAGGCGCAGGAAGUAUAAAAGGCAGUUUCCCAAAGAGGGGCUCAGGCAGGAGCUGGCGCACAUCCAGGCUGUGCUGUGCAGACAAUGCUCUCAGCAGCGCCGUGACUUUGGCUGUUAGACACAAGACCAUGGACGGCGGUAAACAGCUGAAGGUCACCCUUGUUUUUAGCCUUCCUCUAAUUUUUCAGUUCUGUGCUGGGAACAACGUCACUGACGACUAUGACGCCAACACCACCGUUGACUAUAACAUGUUUGAGAUCCUGUGUGAGAAGAAGGAAGUCCGUGAUUUCCGUGCUGCCUUCCUCCCAGCCAUGUACUCCCUCAUCUGCUUCACGGGGCUGCUGGGAAAUGGGCUGGUGAUGCUCACCUACAUCUACUUCAAGCGGCUAAAGACCAUGACAGACAUCUACUUGCUGAACCUGGCCCUGGCAGACAUCCUGUUCCUGCUGACCCUCCCAUUUUGGGCCACAAGUGCAGCCACGUUCUGGUGUUUUGGAGAAUUUGCCUGCAAAGCAGUCUACUGCAUCUGCAAAAUGAGCUUCUUCAGCGGGAUGCUGCUCCUGCUGUCCAUCAGCAUUGACAGGUACUUCGCCAUUGUUCAGGCUGCCUCGGCCCACCGCUUCCGUCCCCGAAUGAUAUUCAUUAGCAAAGUCACGUGCAUCCUCGUUUGGCUCCUGGCCUUCGUUCUCUCAAUCCCCGAGCUGGUUCACAGUGGUGUAAAUAACUACGACAGCCACCCCCGGUGCUCCAUCAUUGCUAAUGACUUGCAGACUUUCAACACUGGCAUCAAAGUGUCCCAGAUGGUUUUUGGCUUCUUAAUUCCCCUGGCGGUGAUGUCUGUCUGCUACCUCAUCAUUAUCAAAACAUUACUCCAGGCUCGAAACUUUGAGAAGAAUAAAGCUAUCAAGGUGAUCAUUGCGGUGGUCAUCGUCUUCGUCAUCUUCCAGCUGCCCUACAACGGCGUCAUGCUGGCCAAGACCAUCUCAGUCUUCAACAACACCAGCUCAUGCGAGCAGAGCAAGAAGCUUGACAUGGCAGAUGAUGUGACCUACACUCUAGCCUGCUUCCGAUGCUGCCUCAAUCCCUUCCUCUACGCCUUCAUAGGCGUCAAAUUCCGCAACGACCUCUUCAAGCUCUUGAAGGAGCUGGGCUGCCUGAGCCAGGAGCGCCUCUGGCAGCUGUCCUCCUGCCGUGAGAGCAAGAGGUUUUCCUUUGCCAUGGAGACAGAGACGACUACCACCUUCUCCCCAUGAGGAGAGGUCCAGGAAGGCUGAAGGCUGGUGUCAUUUUGUACACUGCUUCUAUUUUGAAUUACUGAUAAAGACUUGCCAUUACUUUAGGAAGGGCAGCUGUAAAAGGAAGACCAAAGAACCUCUCCAUAUCACAGUCAACGAGCAUUGUUAUCCAAUGUUUUCACGGAUGGAGAGACUUCAAUAAAAACUAUGACUAACAGUGAAGUAAGGGAGAAGGAGACCAGUGAGUUCAGAAUUCAUCGUGCCAUUUCACCCUUAUUUCCUAGCCAAAAUCAGAAAUGCUCAAAAUGGUACAUUUUCAUUAAAAGCAACAAAUAGCAAGAGAAGCGGACAUACGUGCUACAGAAUUACUUGUUUAGAGCUGGAUUUCCAAGAGCACUGCCCUUGCUUUGCAUGUUGCAUUUAACACGACUACCUAUUGCUCUCCCACACACACAGAAAUGAUGCUCACCGCACAGAACAGCACCAGCAGCCUCAGGCUCCCAAUGCAAUACAACACACAGUGAGGUAACAAGCUGUGAGGUGUCCUAGAUGGAACUCUCAGCUCUGCCUUCCUCCAGAAACAGUGAACAAAACUAAAUUCAUACAUAUAAUACGUAUUCAAUAGCUGCAUGUUACUGUGGCAUCUCAGCUUUGUCCACUUCACUUCUGCCUGCAGCAACGACAUCUGGUGUUUCAUCUCCUAGGGAGCUCUGCUUAUUGCCUCCCAAUGUUGCAUUCUUUGGGAAUGCUGCUUCACUUUGGCAAUACAGCCUUCUUCAGCUUCUGUAAAGGUAUCUGCCUGCACAAAAGCUAGCUAGCACAGUUUAGAUUCCAAUUUUUGCACAAAGAUGAGUUAUUUACAAAUACAAAAGAUCUGAGGCCUCCCCAGUCACCAGUCACACAAACUCGAACCAAGAACCAACACUUCAGUGACAGGUACUUAAAUAUGUUUUUAGCACCCUGUUCUUCAGCCUGUCCUCACACCAGCCUUACUCCUGACACUGAGGGAGUCCUUAAGCUGAUGUGAAAGCACGUGCCUUGCAGACUGCUGCCAGAAUGCUCAGCAUUCAAGCCCAGGGCAAGUUUGAAUAUAUUUCUUAGUGCAAGACUUAAGUUAGGAUAUGUCUGUGCCCACUGUCUGAGCACUGCAACGUGUCAGAAUCCAAAGCUUGCUCCUCUCCAGCCUUAUUAGCUGUGCACACAGCCUGCUUUUGUCACGUACAUGUGGGGGCUUUCUGUGCUGCUGCUUGUUGACUUCAGGAGAUAAUGUGUUAUCACAGGUGUGGGUUUUCUCCCUUACCAACAAACUGUCUUUCUAGAAGAACUUUAGCAGCUGUCUUUUCUAUAAGUCAGAUAUGUACUUCACUUAUAAGCUACUGAAAAUGUGCUUAGCAUUCAUGCUGUCACUUCUAAUCAAGAUGCCAUUCACUGCAGUUUGAUUUAAAUGCAAAGGACAGGGUGUUGAAGAUGACUGCCAGGGUCACAUACUCGAAAGGAACAUGGCAGCUGAACAACAGGUGACUGUCAUGUAAAACAAGGCCUUGAAAAGAAGCCCUGAACGUGAUGCCAUUCACCAGAAGGAGGAAGAUUCCCACAACAAACCAGCGCCCUGAGAGCUGCUGUUAUGGGACGUCGAGCAUCAGCUGGGAGGAGCUGCUGCAAUUGUCUGUGCAUCUGUUACUGAUUUCCAAGCUCUGAUCCCCUCAGCACACAGCUCUCCCCAGAACCGUGGCAGAAGGCCUUGGCCAUGAACUGCAGGGCAGGGAUGCACCCGACCCCUCCUUCCACAGCAGCGGUUGAGCGGUUCUGAUCCGUGGAACCUGAGGCGCAUUCCUGUGGACCUGCAGAGCCGUGCAGAGCAAACAUGCUAACAGACACUUCUUUCAGUCCCACUCACAGGAACGUUCGGGGUGACGCAGGGAACCCUCUGGACCGUAGGUCAAAAAAUCUUGUUCUAGAGACAGGACACGGCCAGCCUUCAGACAGAGAACCCAGUGGUAGUUUUUGAGAUGCUGCCAGGUACGUGGCUGGCUGCCAAUCAUCGUUUUAAAAAUCCUUCCUCCUAACCCACCUGGCUCUGUGGGAUUUUGCCACGAGCUGAGUUCAGGAAGAAAGCACACCCUGCUCUGAUUAACCUGUCUAUGCCGAAUGACAAUCCCACCCUCUCGUUCCAAGCGUUUCCUUUCAUAAUGCCCAUUUAAUGUGUACAGUAAGUGCUGCUUCUCAAUCAUAUUAAAGGGGGGUUAAGACUGACACACCAAAUAGUCAUUUCUUCUCCUUUUCCUCCUAUGUUUCUUACUCAGGCAAAGAAAAGUUGACCAGAGUGAGGAACGCCUAUCGUACAGCCUCCUCUUCGUUUUCCUCACCAGUAACAAUGUACUCUUAAUGUAUACUUACAUAUGUAAAGCUGCUUUUCAUAGAAAAAUUUCAAUAUGUACAUGAAUGUACCCUGAAAUACACUGCUUUCACUAAAUCUCUUUAUGCAUAACACACUCCCCUAACUUAUUCUAGCAGGGAAAACUGCCUCACCACAACUUGUACCUGUUUAACAGAAACCAUUUCCUUCCCAAAAAUGCAAAGUUUUCAGGUCUUUACCAACUGGACGCGUUCUGAAUAGGGAAAUAUGCAGCUGCCUUUGUAAGAAUGAGAGACCAAAGCAGCUUCUGGGGCAGCUGCGUCGGUGCCUCCUGAAAGCGGCAGCGCCCAGCUCAGAGCCGUGCGGAUGAAGGCAGCCAGCAGAUGGAUCCCAGCCUGAACCCGAGCUUCUCCAGUGCAGACUGAGAACUGACCGUAUGAUGCUACUCAGUGGAAAUAAAUUAUGACAAUUUUGAAAAUACUUUUGCUUUUUCCUCGUGUAUUUCCUCACAGGAUGCAUCCUGUAUGCGUCGCAGCAGCUCGUGCCACGUCCUUCUGGACUGGAGCUGCUUGUUAUCACCCCAGCUUUGUAUCAGCACUGCUCUGCAGGGGGGGGAAAAUAAGACAAAGUGUGUAAGCAGUCUAAUUA